AUGGCAUCGCCCGUACCGCUUCUCCGCGCGCCUGUCCCUGGCGGCCGUGGACCUCGCAAACCCGCUCUCGGCCUGUCCAUCCCCGCCUCACCGAACGCUCGACCUGUUGUGAACGGCACCAGCGACGGGCAGCCCAGCAUGGGCCGCCCUAUGCCUCCUCGUCUACAACUCGCGACGCCCAUGGGCUCGAACACCACCCCUCAAGAAGGCGGUCGCCCGCGGCUACAGCUUGCGACCCCGAUGGGCUCAAGUCGAACACCACAAGGGCUGCCCCCGCUGCAGAUAUCGACGGGACUCUCUGCCAACUCGAGCGAUGCAAGCGCGAACUCAAGAUCUGGCAGUUUCGGCGAGAUGCAAGCGAAUGGCUCUGCAUCGUCAUACCAGAAUGGCACAGUGUUCCCUUCAACCCUGCAAGAACCCAAUCAGGCCAACGAUCCUAUCUCAGCCAUAUCGCAGGGCGGCAGCGAGGGAGGAUCAACUAUGCAGCGGGGUGCAAGCAGUCAACCAAUGCCAGACCUCGAGGCCUUGGCGCUGGAAAAGGGUCGCCCCUUGGAUGUCGAGGAUCUUGAUGACAUGGGAUGGAGAGCAGCCAGCAACAAAGGUUUGAUCGAUGAGCUUGGCAGUCUUGGGGAGGGUGCUGGUGGCGCUGUCACCAGAUGUAAGCUGAAGGGCGGAAAGACAGUAUUUGCAUUGAAGAUCAUCACUACAAAUCCCGACCCGGAUGUUAAGAAACAGAUCGUACGAGAACUAUCGUUCAAUAAGAACUGCGCCAGUGACCACAUCUGUCGUUACUGGGGCGCCUUUGUGGAAGACAGUUCUGGUACAAUCAGCAUCGCCAUGGAGUUCUGCGAAGGUGGAUCUCUCGACGCGGUAUACCGCGAGGUCAAAAAGCUGGGUGGCCGCACUGGCGAGAAGGUUCUCGGAAAGGUCGCAGAAGGUGUCUUGAAUGGCUUGACUUACCUACACUCCCACCGCAUCAUCCAUCGAGACAUCAAGCCUAGCAACAUCCUGCUCUGCAAGAACGGGCAGGUCAAGCUUUGCGAUUUCGGUGUGUCUGGUGAGUUCGGAACGAAAGGUGACGCCAAUACUUUCAUUGGCACAUCGUACUACAUGGCCCCUGAACGAAUCACUGGACAGAGCUAUACUAUCACUAGCGAUGUGUGGAGCUUAGGUGUGACGCUUCUCGAAGUUGCACAACAUCGUUUCCCGUUCCCCGCAGACGGUACAGAGAUGAAUCCUCGCGCUGGUCUCAUUGAUCUUCUGACUUACAUCGUCCGACAACCGAUUCCUACACUGAAAGAUGAACCGGAGGCUGGCAUCAAGUGGUCAGAGAACUUCAAGUACUUUAUUGAAUGCUGCCUCGAAAAGGACUGCCCGCGUCGCGCCACGCCUUGGCGCAUGCUGGAGCAUCCCUGGAUGGUCGAGAUGAAGUCCAAGAAGGUCAACAUGGCGCACUUUUUGAAGCAGGUAUGGGACUGGAAGGACUAA